AUAGUAUGUAAGUCGGACUCUAGCCUACUCACCAGAGAAUAUCAUAUAGACGGCCCCUGCAAUCGCUACUCAAAAGUAAAUACGAAAACUAUUGACAACUUAGCGUAACGUCAUCUUGUGCAAUAAAGAUAUUUUUCGCUGUUCACUGAAAACGAUUUACUUAUGAAUAUAUUCAGUCAAUGUGGAGUGUAGUGCACGACUUUGAUGAAGGCUAGGCAAGCAAUAACUGCAUUUAUGAUCACUGCGAUGGGCGACGUCAGUAUUUUCUGUGCUUCAAUUAGCUAACGUUAGUUUAAUGGCAAGGUAGCACGCUAACUAGUUUGAGGUUCCUGGCUUGUUACUUUCUGUCGUAUCAUUUAAUUCCGCCAACAGUUAGUAUUUAUUAGACCAUUCGCUGGGUUCGCCAUGGAAUCUCGGCAUAAAGAUAUUCUUCGGAAAAACAGACUGGAUCUUUCCUUAAACAUUAGUACUGACGACACAAUCGUUCAGUAUCUGUAUCAGGAAGACAUCCUAACUCUUAAUCACGUCGAGGAGAUUCAGGCACAGGCUUCCAGCAAAAAUAGAACAUUAAUGUUGCUCGACAUUCUCCCAGCCCGAGGACCAAAAGCCUUCGGGAAAUUUCUGGAGUCAUUGGAGGCGGAGUACCCAUGGGUGCGGGAGAGGUUGUUGCAGGGACUGGACAACGCUGCUGUUCAGGUGACCUCAACAGGACAUGGCAUGGAGGAAGUGGGUGUUUCUCAAAGAAAAGGAUGCUUCCGAGUCUUUCCAAGUCGGGUCCUUCAGAGGCUAGACCACUGGGAUGUUCCAGAGUCGGUUCUCCAGUUGGUUCCGUCCGAUCUUCAGCUGAACAAGCUGGCGGGUCGCCUGGGCCCGGAGUGGGUGUCUGUCCUGCUGGACCUGGGCCUCUCCACAGAGGACGUGUACCGUUGCCGUACUAGCGACCCUUUCACCAUGCAGAACCAAGUUCUGGCGGGCCUGGUUCUGUGGAAGCAGCGAUCGGGUCGGACAGCCACGGUCCACAGGCUCAUCCAGAGCCUACGGGCUGCAGAGCUGCAUCCCUCCAUAUUGGACCAGGUGCCCCUGUGAAGCAGGGCAGCAUCCACCAUUCUGUUACCUGCACAGCACUAGAAACAACCCCAGGACCAAAGACUCAA